UUUCCCCAAAAGUUACGAUUUUUCGUCAAAUGAUGUAAUCUCUACGGUUAUGAUCGACAACCAAAUGUUUAACGUUUCCAUUUUAACUAAUGACGGCAAAGUCGGUUUUUCCGCUGGUAUGGAUGUAAUUAUUAGUAUGUUUCAGUUGGAGGUUGGUUGUUAUUUCUUAUUCACCAAAGGAUUUGGACAUUUUUUCUAUAUGAAAGUCUUUGGAAAAACCGGGGUUGAAAUCACAUAUCCUAAAUUACAUGUUGAUGAGAUUGAGGUUGCUCCAAUAGAUGUUGACAAUGAAGUUGAAGAACAAGUACAUGGUGGUGUUAUUCGGUUUGUUCGUACUGCCGGUGAUGAUUAUUUUAGAAUUCCUAAUCCUGUUUCACAUAUGGCUGCUUCAUGA